CCGUCUCCUGCCUUGCGUCUAGCUUAUCCGGUCUAUCUAGCCCUCAACCAUGGCCUUGAAAGCGAUUGUGAAAUCCGUGAUCUCCGGUGACUCCCUCGUCUUGCGCGGAACCCCAGGGCCUCAGGGCCAGAUCCCAAAGGAGCGCGUACUGCACCUCGCUGAUAUCCAAGCACCGCGCAUGGGCACAUCGACGCGCGAGGACGAGGACUGGGCAUUCGAGUCACGCGAAUUCCUGCGCGCUCUCGCAGUAGGGAAGCCUAUCACGUUCACAUCCACGCACUCUCUGCCGCCCAGCGACGACGUCCCGCGCGACAUCGGAACGGCGGAGAUUAACGGGGUCGACCUCGCGUCCGAACUACUCAAGAAUGGCUGGGCGAAGCUAAAGGAGCUCAAGCGCGAGCCCACUGAAGAGGAUGUCCGCAAGAAAGAGCUUGAGGCCGAGGCGCGUUCCGCUGGAAAAGGGGUAUGGAAUCCGCAUGGCCCUAAGGCGCACGCGACACACUACACGAUGCCCUCGGACUCGCAAGGCUUCAUCACUGAAUGGAAGGGUCAGCAGAUUGACGGUCUCGUCGAGCAAGUCAAAGAUGGCUCAACUCUGCGCGUCCGUCUCCUCAUGCCUGAUGGCGACCACCAGUUCGUCAACAUCGCUCUCGCUGGUGUCCGAUGCUCUCGCGUCGCGAGUAAGUCAGGCGAAACGACGGAGCCAUGGGGAGAGGAGGCAAAAUUCUUCACGGAGUCCCGUCUAUUGCAGCGAUACGUCCGCGUGCAGCUGCUAUCUCUUCCUAAUGCUACCGCUACUCCAUUCCAAGCGGGUGCUAAUGCAGCAGCGCCACCACCAGCGUCGAUCUUCAUUGGCUCUGUUCUGCAUCCCGCCGGGAACGUCGCAGAGCAUCUCGUCGCCAACGGCCUGGCACGCGUCGUCGAUUGGCACGCCGGUAUGCUCGCGAGCAGCGGUGGCAUGGAGCGCCUCCGUGCCGCCGAAAAGACCGCGAAGGAAAAGCGCGCGUGCCUAUACGCAAAUGCUCCCGCCCCAUCUGCGAAGUCGAACGGGACAGCAAUCAACGGCAACACGCGGCAGUUCGACGCGACCGUCGUACGCGUAUGGAGCGCCGAUCAGAUCUCCGUCGUCGACCGCGAGAGCGGCAAGGAGAGGCGGUUGCAGCUGAGCUCGACGCGUGGGCCGAAACUCUCGGAUCCGAAGCAGGCAUUCUACGCGCAGGAAGCCCGUGAGUUCCUGCGGAAGCGUCUGAUCGGCAAGCACGUCAAGGUCCACAUCGACUUUAUCCGUCCCCGCGAGGGCGAGUUUGAGGAGCGCGAGUGCGCAACGAUUCGUUACGGCGGGAACAAUUCGAACAUUGCUGAGCAGCUCAUCGAGAAGGGUCUCGCGAGCGCCGUCCGGCAUAAACGUGAUGAUGAGGACCGUUCACCGGACUACGACAAGCUGAUGGCGGCAGAGCAGGCAGCAGCAGCAGAAGGUCGCGGAAUUCACUCCGGCAAGGAGCAGCCGGCCCCGAAGGCACCACUCAACAUCUCCGAAUCUGCGCACCGUGCAACAACAUUUGUCAACGGUUUCAAGCGGCUGGGUCGCAUCCCUGCGGUUGUCGAAUACGUCGCUGCGGGAUCCCGCUUCAAGAUCUUCCUGCCCAAGGACAACCAAGUACUGACGCUGGUCCUAAGCGGGGUGCGUGCACCUCGCACUGCCCGCAACUCAUCGGAAGCCAGCGAGCCAUACGGCCCGGAGGCAUCUGAGUUUGCGACUCGCCGAUACAUGCAGCGUGACGUCGAAAUCGAGAUUAAUGACGCAGACAAGUCUGGCGGGUUCAUCGGAGCGCUGUACCUGAAUAAGACGGAGAAUGCUGCGAUCGCGCUGGUCAAGGAGGGCCUCGCUACUGUCCACGGGUACUCGGCCGAGAACCUGUCGUGGGCGCAGCAGCUGUACGACGCAGAGGCCGAAGCGAAGAGUGCGAAGCGCAAUAUUUGGAAGGACUACGACGAACAGGCUGAGCAGGUCGUCGAAGCGCCCCAGGAAGAAGCCAACGGCGCGCUCAAGACCGAGUACAUCGACGUCAUCAUCAGCGACGUCCGCAUCAAGCCCUCGUUCGGGUUCUCGGUCCAGAUCCUGAACACCGAGGGCAUUGCGUCCCUCGAGAAGCUCAUGCGCGACUUCUCGCUCCACCACAAGACGGUCGCUUCUACGGCAGGCUUCACGCCCAGGGGUGGCGACCUCGUCUCUGCCAAAUUUUCCGACGGCCAGUGGUAUCGUGCAAAGGUCCGCCGUGCGUCGCCUAUCAAGAAGGAGGCCGAGGUCACGUUCAUCGACUACGGCAACCAGGACACCAUCGGCUUCGCAGAUAUCAGGCCCCUCGACCCUAAAUUCCGCUCCCUUCCCGGUCAGGCGCAUGACGCACGCCUCAGUUUCGUGAAAUUCGUUUCACCCGAGAGCGAGUAUUACGACGAGGCCAUCGGCCGCUUCCGGGCUCUUUGCGAGGGCCGCAAGCUCAUCGCCAACGUCGACCAGAAGGAUGGCCAACUGCUUCACCUCCGCCUCAUCGACCCCAACGAUCCCCCUUCUCCGAAUGACCUCUACAACUCUAUCAACGUCGAGCUUGUCCGCGAGGGCUAUGCAACCGUUGACAAGAAGGGCUGCAGGUACCUCUCCGCGUACCCGGGCAUGGUCAAGAAGCUCCAGGAGGCGAUCUCCAUCGCGAAGCGCGACCGCGCCGGCAUGUUUGAGUUCGGCGACGUCGAGGAGGAUGACUAGGUGUCAAGCGUACCGCUAGGGGAGCACGUACUGUCGUCCCCUCCACAUAUUGUAUGGGUACACGGGAGGUUUGGUUUAGGAAAUGUACAGCGUGUUGUUGUACGAGGCCGCUGUUGUAGCUAACAGCCCACACCGCUCACUUACAUUAAUUAUUCUGGCCGUCAAGUAU